AUGAGUGAAGCCGAAGCAACUAAUCAAGCUAUAGAACCAUAUAUAACCGGAGAUAUUGACACAAAUGAUUAUGUGGAAGCAACAUAUGAUAAUGAAAAAAUAAAUAAUAUCGGCGUGAACAUUGAAUUUGACGAAGAUGAUGUUAAUGAUGAAAGGAUACUGGGAAAGGUUUUUGAUACACCCGAUGAUGCUUAUACAUUUUAUAAUGAUUAUUCAUUUUUGCAUGGCUUUGGUAUACGUAAAGAUGACACAAUUAAAAAUUCUAAAACAAAUGAGCCUUUUCGGAAGAUAUAUGUAUGCAACAAAGAAGGUUUCAAAAGAAUGGACAAAGAUGCUUCAAGUGAAAAUGAGAUAAAACGUCGUAGAGAUGUUAGAACCGGAUGUCAAGCAAAGCUUCGAAUAACAAGACAGGAGGAUGGGAAGUGGUUGGUGGGCUUGUUUAAUGACACACACAAUCACGACUUGACCAUGACACCUACAAAGGUGAUAAAGCAUCGAUCUCAUAGCAAUUUCCACCGUUCAAUAGAAGGUAAAUCUCUUAUGGUGCAAUUUGGUCAAGCAGGGUUGAAACCUUCUCAGAUUAAAAAGGCUGUUAAUACAAUGAAAACCUCAAAUGUAGCUGAUGUAACUUCAAAGCAAUGUGCUGAUGUUUUAUCUGAGCAUCGAAAACAACAUAGAGGAAAGGAGUUCUAUGGACUUAUAAAACAUUUUCAAGAUAAAACAUUAGUGGACAGUGACCAGUAUUUUGUCGUGGAUUUGUCUGAUGAUGGGUAUCCUAGAAAUAUCUUUUGGGCUGAUGGUAGAGCAAGAGAUGCCUAUACAAAAUUCAGAGAUGUUGUUGUGUUUGAUGUCACUUAUAUGACUAACAAAUUCAAGAUGGUUUUUGCUCCCUUUACUGGGGUGAAUCAUCAUGGACAGUCUAUACUUUUUGGUGGAGCGUUGCUUGAAAACGAAAAGGAAGAGAUAUUUGAAUGGUUAUUUGAACAUUUCCUCAAAUGUAGGUUUGGCAAGAAACUUAAAACUGAGCAUCUUCGAUCGUAUGUUUCCAAUUACAGUGAUUUUCAAAAGACGCACAGACAAUGGGUAAAUAGUGACACCAUUGAACAAUUUGAAGCAACAUGGGAAGAUAUGUGUAUUAAGUAUGAACUGGAAAGCAAUUGUUGGCUUAGUGACAUGUAUAACCAACGUAUACAUUGGGCUAAACCCUUCUUGAAGGAUAUUUUCUUUGCGGGUAUGACCACAACCGGACGAAGUGAGAGUAUCAAUUCAUUUUUUGAUGGAUUUGUUAACUCGAGGACCAUGUUGAAUGAAUUCGUUGUACAAUACGACAAAGCAGUUAAGUCACGAAGAGCUGUCGAAGAAGAUGAAGAUUUCAAGACUACGAACUCGAGACCGGUUCUUUCUUCAGUGCAUCCAAUCGAAGCAAAAUCCGGUCAAUUUUAUAUUAGAAAAGAUGUUUGA